GAAUCCACUACCCACAUCCAGUGGGUGUACAAAUGGUGCGCCAUCACACCCUAGUACCAGCCCAGCCCAGCCCAGCCCAGCCCACAAAUUGACCCCGAAAAAACGGAUAUGCAAAUGCAAUCCAUGGGGAACAAAAGUGGGGAAAAUGUAAAUGAAAACGGGAGCUAAGCUAGAGGAUGGAUUACGGUGACAUUGCCAAUGCCCUUCGAGGGGAAAGUUAAUAGAGGCAGGGAAAAUACAGAGCAAAAUUUAAAUCAGAUAAAAAAUACUAGACACAUCCUUAAAUCAAACCCAAGUUGAUUCCCAUAUCCAUAAAAUUCUGAAGUAUCUUCUGCCCACACCACACCCAUCGCUCAUUUAGCAUACCCUGCAUACGGGCAGGGAAUAUAAUAAAUGGAAAAGCAAACAUACAAACAAAGUAAACAGACACGAACACCGAGUACGAGUACGAGUGGGGCAUACUGCUCCUGCCUCCUGGUCGUUGGGUAAACCGCAAUCAAAAGAGCUCUGAGGCAACUCAAUUUGGGUUAGGCCAGGAACAGUACGUGCCAUCCGCUUGGAUGGAGUCGUUCGCGUUGUCAUCAUUGUCCUCGAUGUUCUCGUUGCCAUCGCCCAUGGAGAGCCUGAACCUUUGUGACCCACCGCAGGAUGAGCCGGAGGAGGAGCAGGAGUUUAGCUUUCGCUAUCCGAGUUAUAUGUUCCCCGAUGUGGACUACGACAAGGACGAUAUACCACUGCCAUUUAAGGCCACGCCGGACUCGCUUUUCAAUCUUUGUGCUGCUGUUGUGGAUGCCCAGGGCCGCACGGAGGUCUUCAAGUGGAGCAUCAAUGAUGUGGCCGAUUGGCUGCGCGACUUCGGUUAUCCCGAAUACGAACAAACCUUCAAAGAGAACCACAUCGAUGGGCACAAGUUGCUCAAUCUGGAUGCCAUCUCUCUGGUGGCUCUGAAUGUGCGCAACUUCGAGCACAUUCGUCAUCUGGGACGUGGCAUUCGAGCGCUCUACCGCAAGGAGCUGCAGACAGCCACGGAGACAAAGCAGCACAGUGAGGUGUACAAAACCUUCAAGGCCCGCACUGGCAGAAGCUACGAGGGAUUGCGCGAAACUGAACUGCUGGGACGCAUGCACAUGAUACGCUCCGUCUUUCGGGACGUCAACGAUUGGGACAUGAUGGAACUGCAUAUGGCUCGGGCACCCAUAAGGCGAUACCGUGAGGUGCUUGCCAACUCCAGGCGCUACAAUCUCUACGGCCCGUCGACGGCACGCAGGGAGCCCAUUAUCAUGGACGAUGUGGAUACCACAUCUUGGUUUGAUUUCGGCGAUUGCUAUUAGGUUUCGAGUUGAUUGAAGCAUAUGUAAGCAGGAGAAGCUACUUAUAAAAGGAUAUUAAUUCUAAAGAUUCCGUGGAAUAUCAAACAUAAACAUAAGUAGCCUUACGCUGAGGCAAAAUGUACUAUAGUCUAAUAAGCUUAAAAAUAGUUUCAUUUAGAUGUCCUUCAUUUUUUAGCAUUGGGUAUUCGGAAAUCAAUGAACUAUAAAGGAUUUUAAUACCUAAUACAUAAAUUUUAAUGAUAGGCAAGUCCAUCUGAAGCACACCCAUGCUUUCAGUUUCAGAAAUUUUUUCUUCGAACAGAGUUUUUACCACACACAUAAUCAUUGUUGGAAUUUCCAUCCAGUCAUCUAUAUGUAAGUCUGUCUAAAGAAUCAUUUGUGUUAAAAUUUUGAACACAUUUGUCACAAAAUCUUAUGAUUUAGAUUUUUCUGCACAAAAUUUUUAACUGGAAAUUUAGAUUCCAAUGACCUAUGGAGUAAAUUGAGUAUCUCAAUAGUCUCUCUCGCUCUGAAGGACACACUCAUGAUGUUAGUUCCACAGAGUUUUACUUCCA